AUGAAGUUCCUCCUGAUCUUGUUGAUUUCCCAAGUCUCAUCUACCAUCAUCACAGUCAAGGGAACAAUUCGAUGUAACCUGUACUCAACAUUCAAUGCAACUAUAAAAUUACUAGAAAAAGAUGUUGCCUUUUCCGAUGUCAUCAAAACCAAAGAGUGGAUUAAUAAACCAUCAAAUGUUGCGCAUAAUUUUUCGAUCAAGGGGAAUUUCACAGGAGGAGAUGGGGUUUUGGUUAGUUUUCCGUUGGAUUACAUUUUUAGUUGUCAUAAGUUGCUUAUAGGACAACGAAUACGAGCCAGCUAUUCAAAUUGAGAGCACUUGUAGUGACAUCACUUGGGUUAACGGCGAGCAAUUAGUGGGAAAUGUUGUUCGAGAGUUGAAAAGUGUUCCGAUAACUGCUGCUAGUGCGAAUUAUACUGGAUUGAGUUUCAAAUUGGAUAACAAAUUUGACAUUUGA